CGUCUUGUUAAAUACCACGCCCAAUAGGCGGGGACUAAACAAAAUGACUUCUUAUUUUGUGAUUGUUGGUCAUCAGGAUAAUCCUAUCUUUGAACUGGAUCUGUCUAGAACACAGGACAGUGGAGGAGCAAAUGAAAGCAGGCGUCAUUUGAAUCAGUUUGUAGCUCAUGCAUCUCUUGACCUGGUGGAUGAGGCCAAAUGGCAGAGUGGAGCAUUAUACUUGAAGACAGUGGAUAGAUUUAACGAGCUCAUCGUGACUGCUUUUGUAACUGCAAGUCAGAUGAGAUUUCUGUUAGUUCACGAUAGCUCUGUUAGAGGCCAGGAGUCCAUUAGAGCAUUCUUUAAUGAUGUUUACGAACUUUUUAUUAAAGCUAUUCUCAAUCCAUUUUAUGUUCCCAAUACUUACAUUGUGAGCAAUAACUUUAAAAAGAAAGUUCAAAUUGUAGCUAAGAAGCAUGGUGUUGCUCUUUAAUCAUUAUACCAUUUUUAUUGUAAGAAUAUUAUUUUUAAGAAUUAAA